UUGUGCAAACACUAUCUGCAUACAAUUAACUGUGUUUUCCUUGCGGUCCCUGGGACAGCUCAGUAUAAUUUGUUGUGAUGAGAUAAUUAGUAUCUCCAAUUACCUAGUCAUUGUUGUUAAGGUUUGGGUGUAGGACUUAGGUCAUGUGACCAUUCCUACACCUCUCUACCUGGUAAAUGUGCUCACCUGUGUUUGUCUAGCAUGCUGAUGAAAACUGUAUGGUAGAAACGCGUUGGCAUGUAACCAAUGCUUUUUAUAUUUAUCAGGACUGCCUCAAUUUGUCUGUUUUUUCAUUAAAGUAAUAAAGUAGCCUCACACUUUACAGUUUCUGAGUGUUUAGAUACACAACACGUCAGACAGCACAGAUCUCAUGUCGAAGCUGACUCUGAAGUGCAGGUGUGCCUGCAGGUGAAUGAAACUGGGAUUUUCAAGGUCAUGAGGCGCUGGUGUAAAGACCCUUGCUUAAGGUCGCCACUUUGACCUUGGAGACAUCUAUGUCAGUGUGGAGUUGCAUUGCCUGAAGCCAGACGCGUGGCGUUUUAUUAUGACCCUGGUGGCGGAGAGAGGCGUGCGUUAGGCUGCACAGAUAACCUGUCAGUGUUGCAGCCUUGUCCUUGCUGGUGGCGGGGUCAUUAUCUUGAUCAUCUAAAUUGCCCCCUAAAUUGGUCACAUGACCUGCAUCACAAAGGGUCCAGUCUUUUUGCAUUGAUUGAACUUAUCUAAAACGACUCAAAAGGAUGAAAUGGUUUUAGGACAAAAAGAAAACAACAGGGAGAUUGUAAAGAUAAGGCCUGGGGAUAAUUAACAACAGAUUCGGACGAGGAGAACUUACUGUAAUACUCCCGCAUCGAUUGGCUGUCAGGGGGGUGGAGGUGUGUGUGUGUGUGUGUGUCCCCAUAACGGAUGAACAGUGCCGUGUGUGUGUGUGUGUGUGUGUGUGUGUGAGAGAGAGACCUUCCCUAUAAAAGGUGGCUGCAGGUCAGGGCAGUUCUGUGUUGGGGUUAGGGUUAUGACUGUGCUGCUCUGCUGUGAUGGAUGUCUCUCUGGGCUGUGUGCUGUCACUCUUCUGGUUGCUGGGCGCGUCCACGGCAUGGGCUCUGGCGGACUCGGAUGCUGAGGAGACUCAGCCGUCGUCAUCGGCAACCCUUCUGCAGGCUCUGCACUGCCCGCCCUGUGAGCGGAUCCACUGUUCUCCGCUGCGCACCCUCCAGCUCACGUGCAAGGGCGGCGUCACCACGGGGGUGUGCGGCUGCUGCCCCACCUGCGCCAGGCAGGCGGGCGAGAGCUGCGGGGGCAGCUGGGACUACCUGGGCAAGUGUGACCAGGGCCUGGUUUGUGUGAUCGAGGGGGCCGAACACGACACUGCACGCAAAGGUGGCGUCUGCAAGUCAGUGCUGGAUGUGGACACCUGCCGACCGGACUGCACCUGGGAGUUCUGUCAAGCCAACCCGCAUGAGAUCUGCUCCGGCAGGCAUGUGUCCCUGGGGAAGCAGGACUGUCAGGGCUCCUGUCAGCACACAUCCUGCUCCAGCUGCCUGGUCCUGCAGCCGCCCCGCUGCCCCCAGUCCUGCGGCGCCACCGACCCGGCCUGCCUGCAGAACUACGGCCGCUGCGUCAGCCGCCACCUGGCCCACACACACCACCCCCCCACCUGCCACCAAACCCUACAGAGCAACUUUGAGGGCUACUUCUUGUGUAUGGUGCCUCCCUGCCUGAACACGGUCCAAUGAUCAACUUCCUCUUCAAGGGACCCCAGCAGACAACGUUUCAGAAGAAUGUAGCAUGGACCAAGAUGGCAGCUUUGUAAAAUUUGUUUGAACUUUACAAGUGUGAUUAUAGUUGUUUGUUUGUUUCUGUGUAUCUUAACAAAUCUGUCUUAGAAGUCCUACAUUGUGAUUGCAAACACAUGUAGGCUACAGGCUAAUUUGAUGGAAAGUUUUAAAAUAUUAAAACUAAAGUGUAAAGUAAUUUCAUGUUUUUUUUAUUAUUAUUAUCCAUUGCACUUUUCUAAAUAAAGAACA